AUGGAAUAGGUACGUGGCUUAAUCAAAUAUGUGUUUUCCCAUGAAAUGACUCAAUUAAGAUUGCCAUGGUUCAUAUGUCAAUUACGGCGUGUUAUUGAAGGGAAGCUACAUACAAAUUAAUAUUAAUGAUGCGGAAAAUCAUAAAAGUGAAGUGCAGGCUCGGUGCCGUUUAGAUGAAUCGUCAUCGGAAGUGCCCCAUUACGUGACACUUUACAGCCAUGCAGUCUCUUAAAAUGACUCCAUCCCCAUCUAGAGGAAAUAUCACGAACGCUGUUUGACGACAGAAAUACACUAUUGCACCUAAAAAUUUUCAUCGGGUCAUCGUUCAUCUCCUAAACCAACCGGAUCUUUACGAACAGACAUUUAAUGUCCCCGGUCUCAAUAUAAAACAGUGGGGUCCCCCCUCGAUUUUCUCCUUCGACAUUUUUUUUUUUUUACACAACGCCCACACUUCCGGACCGUCCAGUGUGAGCAGCUGGAUCGUAACGCAUCCGACGCCUAGCGUUCGUAGAGACGAGGAUGAAGCGAUGUCCCUGAUGCAACAACGAUGUCUGUCAGCCGUUAAUCGCUAGAUUGUUCAUUUCACACGGCCAUUCAUCGAACCAUCUCGCGUUUUUUCCCCUUCCCCAUCAUAGGUGCUGAUUUGUUUUCUUCCUCACAAGGAAUUUGGGCUUCAGCCUUCUUCUGUUUGUCUUCGUCAACUGUUGCAUAUUUCCACUUUAAAUGAAUCUCGUAAGGUUUAUGAACAAUCCGGUUCCAUCCAACAAACGAUACCAGCCCACGGAGUACGAGCAUGCAGCUAACUGUGCCACGCACGCGCUGUGGAUAAUCCCCAGUCUGCUGGGCAGCUCCAUGCUGCACUUCCGCUCCGAUGACCAAUGGGAGCGUGUGUCGGCCUGGCUCUAUGGGGCGGGGCUUAGCUCACUCUUCAUCAUCUCCACCCUCUUCCACACUGUGGCCUGGAAGAAGAGCCACCUGCGGUCCGUGGAGCACUGCUUCCAUAUGUGUGACAGGAUGGUGAUCUACUUCUUCAUCGCUGCCUCCUAUGCUCCCUGGCUGAACCUCCGGGAGCUGGGUCCGUGGGCGUCCCACAUGCGCUGGUUGGUCUGGGUCAUGGCGUCCAUCGGGACCACCUACGUCUUCUUCUUCCAUGAGAGAUAUAAGAUCAUGGAGUUGAUCUGUUAUUCAGUGAUGGGCGUCUUCCCUGCUUUGGUGAUUCUCUCAAUGCCCGAGCAGGCUGGCCUGUAUGAGCUGCUGAUCGGCGGCGCCUUCUACUGCCUGGGAAUGGUCUUCUUCAAGAGCGACGGCGUCGUCCCGUUUGCCCAUGCCAUCUGGCACCUGUUCGUUGCCAUGGGAGCAGCCGUCCACUACUACGCCAUCUGGAAAUACCUCUACGCCCAGCAGGCCAAUCAGGUGCAGACGUCCAGGUGACAUCAGCUCUGACCUCAUCGGAGUCGGGAAACGGCUCCUGUCAUUGAGGGAAAUCACAGGACACUACGAGGAGAACACUUCUAAGGCUCUCGCUGAAGACGCUUUGGUCCAGACGUUUCAGUUUCGUAAAAGGUUCAGUUGAAUGAGUUGAUAGCACACGAGAGUAGCGCUGCCUGACUCACUGUCAUUAUUGCGUUACUUUGCAUUGAGGUGUUCUCCUCGUCGGUGUAAAUAUUGGUUUGGUUCUAUUUAGAAAUACAUAUUUAUGGUAUCAAACAUGACCAGAGCCCUAGAAUGCGUGCUAUUCGUUUGGUAUGUUAUGAUUUAGUAUGGGCAUUUUUGUCAGUGAGUAACUGUUAUGAUUACCCUAAUCAAGCACUACACUAGAAUGUAUUUUUUUUUUUAUAACCGGCAUAUAGAUAUUCACAACUAUAUUUUAGUUUUAGUGUAAGAGUAUUGGGAUCAACUCACAACACAUGUUACUAUAUAGCAUUGCUAUAGAUUUUCUUAAUUCGUUUUACUAUACAGUUUUGCACCGCGUUACUAGUUUGAGAUGAAAUCCACCAUGUCGGGUGAAUUGGGGAUAACCUCAACAAGGGGGAGGAACCACUGAAUCACCAUAGAAACACACUGCCAGGAAGCUGAAUUCAUAGCACACUACUGCUCUAAUGCUAUGUACUUCACACUUUAAAAAAAGGAAACCGAAGCUAUAGUAUUGUUGAACAAUCUGGCCCAAUAGUACGGCAUCUCAGGUGUGUGUGCGUGCGCGUAUGUUUGUGUGUGUGCGCGUCUGUCUGGCAUGCACGCGUAUACCGCGUCUAUUGGGGGGUACUCUUGAUUCCCCUGAACCCAAAGCCUCAAAUCGGCUGAGUCAAUGUUUACACUCUUAACACGUAUACCUUGAACGCACCGCGCACGAUGAGGAUAGUGUAAGAAUCAUAACACCCACCCCUUGUAUCUACUCCACAUGUGAUAGCACAUGGAACAUGGGACGCGCCUGACGGCAAGGCAGUGUUGAGGAGCGAUCACACAGAACACCUUUGCAGGCUGUAAAACAUGAAAGCCUUUUUUGCAGAGCAGCCCCUUUUUUGCUGUUGCAAAUCCACCAUAGAGCAUCUCCAUGUAACCUUUAAUUCCGUUGGCCACUUUGUUCCUGAGUGGCCUCUGUGCCAGUCACUCACACAAGGCACUCACCGCAGAAAAAAGCAAGGCCCUCAGCGACGCAACAGAAGCUAGCAAAACACUUGGUUUCCAUGGAUAACAAUAGCAAGAUAGACGCCACCACCCCAGCUGCUCAAAAAGUAUUCAGUGUGAUCGGGGCCUGACAGAGAGUUAGUUAACAGUGGUAGCUCACUGCUCUAGCGUGACUAACCAGGAAGAAUGUACUAGCAAGUACUAGGUUGGCUAUUACAGCUGGGUCAUAUUGUACAGCACCUAUGUAUUGUCAGAAGGCAUUAGAAAUGUCCUUUUAAUGCCUCACUUGUUCCUUUUGUCUUUAUUUUGUUAUUCUAUAAGGUUCUAUUGUGAAACUAUGAUGAGUCUGUCUGCUUUUAGUCUACAGUGAACUUUGUGUUGGAACAAAAAAAAAUGUUUUUAUGAUAUUAACAUUAUAAGAAAGCUUAUUGAGGUUUUUUUUUUAUUCUGGAUUCAAAUGUAAAGGCUUGCAUUAAUACAUGCUGGUCUACAUGUGUAUUGACAGCUAGGAAGCUUUGAUAUGUUGUUGUUUUUUGCACAUAUCUCAACAUUGUGUAUUGAGUAUGUAAUGGAUUGAGCGAUCAAUUUCCCCGAUGCCCAGCCCUCUUGUCCCGGCCCCCCUUUCCCUCCUGCUGCUUCACUGCCUCUGAACACACCCAGACAACAAGAGACUCGAACUCAAUCAUUCCAGUUAACUGUUUCAUGACCAAAUACUAUGUGUACUUUUUGAAAAACAAAAAAACAAAAAAAAGUAAACACCGUUUUUAUUUGUUGUUUAAAAUAACUCUAAUCAUGGCAAAUGUAUCCGUUUUUUGUAAGUACUGUACAGAAGUUUUAGUAUUUAUCAAUAGUAUUAAAAUAAUAUUAAAUAGUGUACCACGCCUGCAUUGUACGAAA